GCAUAAAUGUGAAUAAUACACGUUACCCAAUAUAAACUAAAGUGAUACGUAUGGUAUUAUAACCAUGUGCAAAGUUAAUUGGAAAGUGGCGAACUUGAAUCGGAGAGUGAUGUGUUCCAUAGGACUGUUUUAGUAUAGCAUAUAAAAAAUGUGUCUAUUGAGGUGGUGUGUAAAUUCAAUUUUUGCCACGUAGUGAAGUGAAAAGCGUAAUAUUUCCUAAUGAAGAGUUCGGAGCAAGAUGGUUAGAGAGACUCGGCACCUUUGGGUCGGAAAUUUACCCGAUAAUAUACGCGAGGACCGAAUACGAGAGCAUUUUAAACGAUAUGGACGAGUGCAGAACGUCAAGCUACUAUCGCGUGCGAUCGCUAGUCCGGCGGGGGCCAAAGAGACUUCGUCACCAGCCGAUGUCGGCGGGGGCAGCGGCUCAGGCGGAAUCACCAACGGAGGAGUUUGUGCGGCGGUCGCAUUUAUGGACAUCAAAUCAGCAUCGAAAGCUCAUAAUUGCGAGCAUAAAUUGGAUGAACGAUCGCUGACCACGGAAUAUUAUGAACCAGCCGCUAUACCAUCUUCGGCCGGUAGUUCACCCGCUGGUUCUGGAUAUUCUGGAUCUUCAGGUUCGGCGGCCUCUGGACGUUUUCAACCUAAUCAUGGUAGUACCCCCGAUGACCAUCCGACUGGUUUUGUAGAACGUAGUGUUCCUUUCUAUGAAAGAACUGUACGACAAGAGCCUGAAGGGAGUUACCUCCGAAGAUCGGGUGGAUAUAUAACAACGGACACUAUUCGUGGCCGCGGUAGGGAUCGUUUGUAUAAUCGAAAUGGGCCGUAUACCAAUACUAUUAUCGACAGGGGAACACCCAUAGUACACCAUCGAGUUACUCCAACGUGGUACGAUGGAACGGUUGCUUCUUCUUUGUCUCGUGGAUAUGGCUCAGUUGCAAGCGCCGUUGUGACCCCUGAAGUAUCUUAUGAAAGCGAAGUGAUAGCAAGCCGAACAUUGAAAAAGAAGGGCAUUGUUUUGGCUAAAUCGCGUUCAGGUUCCGAGUCCCCUGGCGGUUCGAUAUCUAGUAGUAGAUCGCGAUCCCGUAGUCGCAGCAGAAGUGCUAGUAGAAGUCCCAGUCGAAGCAGUUGCAGUUCGAGCCGCAGCGGGAGCAGCAGUGAGUCACGUGCUUCUAGUAGUCCUAGGUCGUCGCGUGCACCUCCAUCCUCUGCUGCACAAACGGCGGGGCCUGCAGUGCAUUCAGAUGAUCGGCGACCUCUUGCCAUUUGUGUACGAAAUUUGCCAGCACGCUCUUCGGAUACGUCUCUUAAAGAUGGUCUUUUUCAUGAAUACAAGAAACAUGGAAAAGUCACGUGGGUCAAAGUUGUCGGUCAGUCAGCAGAUCGAUAUGCACUUGUUUGCUUUAAGAAGGCAGAUGAUGCUGAGAAAGCGUUAGAAGUCUCUCGUGAUAAAUUAUUUUUUGGGUGCAAAAUUGAUGUAGCUCCAUAUCAAGGAUACGAUGUUGAUGACAAUGAAUUUAGACCUUACGAAGCCGAAUUAGAUGAAUAUCAUCCAAAAGCAACUCGAACGUUAUUUAUAGGGAAUUUAGAAAAAGAUGUGACAGUUAGUGAAUUGCGAAAACAUUUUGAAAUUUUUGGUGAAAUUAUAGAAAUUGACAUAAAAAAGCAAGGCGCUAUUAGUUCGUAUGCGUUUUGCCAAUAUUCGGAUAUAUGCUCAGUAGUGAAAGCAAUGCGGACCAUGGAUGGUGAACACCUUGGAAAUAAUAGAAUAAAACUAGGUUUUGGAAAAACGAUGCCAACAAACUGUGUUUGGAUGGAUGGCAUUGCGGAAAGUGUUGGAGAAAAGCAGUUAAGUUCUCUUUUUCUUCAAUAUGGUCCGGUAUCUCAAGUAACGUUAGAUCGGGAACGGGGAUUGGCGCUUGUGUUUUUUGAGCAAAUUCUUUUUGCGCAAUCCGCCAUAAAAGAAACACGUGGGGUGACAUUACGUGGUAGAAAACUACAAGUGGAUUUUGCUUCACGUGAAUGUCAGGAAGCAUUUUAUGAAAAAUUAGAUAAGUCAACAAGCUCAAUAAGUAGCAGUAGUGAAAGAACUGCAGCAUUCGAUGUCGUUCCUCCUGUAGCGGCGACGACACCGAGAUUCACGCGUUACGAUGCUCUUGCUAGACCCCGAACUGCGUCAUAUAGCAGAUCAGGUAAUCCUAUCAGCGCGGCUUCAGCUGGUGCUGUUUCUCCCGGGGGCCCUCCUGGUGCCAAUACGCCUCGAGGUCGGGCACGACUCACCAGAUAUCCGCCAGAUUAUUAUGAUUCAGCAGGAGAAUAUACUGAGAGGCGCUUUCGCAACUACGACGAGUUCAGUCAAGGUUCGGGAGCAUCACAUGAAGAUAUAUUUGAACAUGAUGUAUAUGCUCCACCUGCUUGUUACUCAGCUCCUGAUUCGAGCGAACAUGCUCGAAGACGUUCUGACAAAAUGGUAUCUCCAGUACAAGAAGACGACUUUAAAAUACGCUCUGUGCAAAGUGUUGUUAUUCCAACAGACCUGCAAACUGGUGGAACAACAACAUUUCCACCUCCUGAUAUUCGACAUUUACAAAAGGAGCGGGUUCAUCUUUUGGAACAGCUUGAAGAGUGCCCAUCAAGUGGUGAUGAAAUGAUUAGUCCCAAGAAACGUUUAAAAUUAGACUCAAUGUGUCUAGACAAUAUGAAUAUGUCAGGAUUGUCUAAUCUUGAGGCUAAUUUUGAAUCUACAGCUGGUAGUCAUUGUGAUGGUAACUUCACAGGAUCUCAUCAUCGUGGUGGUGAAUGUGUGGAAGUACGACGACUCUCUGAUUCUGGAACUGUGAGGCAUCUACACUGUAGUCGUAGACCUUCUGGGGAGAGCGCUCGUAGUUCUCAGGGAGCUGAUCGUAUCAGUACUAUUUACACACCGCACGCUGUGUGUAAACGUCGAAAAACAGGUGGUUCUUCAGAAGGAGAACACAUUUCACGUGGCAGGUGUCAUCCAUUACACUCUCAUCAUGCUCGUGAAGCAUCUGGUGGAGAAAGUGCUGAUGGUUCACGUCCUGGCACACCUUUAUGUGAUGAGAGACCUGAAAUUUUGGUACCGAUUGAGCCUAGACGUAUUCCUGAUAGAAAAGAACGAGAUCGUAGUCCUAUAUCCUUGCCUUUGCCUCGAUUUGCAGAACAGAUAUUGCAUCAAAACAAAAGUGUUGAAACUAAGCCAAUACAACAUCCAGUAGCAUCUAGUCCACCCGUGACGGUUACGAGUCCACGACUUGCAAAUUUAAAUUUACAAAUGCAACAGAAUAUGGAUUCCUGUCUUGUUCCACCCCCAGCCAGCCCUCCAACACGAUUGCCUCUGCUUAGCCCUAAUUCAAGUGAUUCAGAAGCAACACCUCCUAGUCCAACAUUAGAAGAGAGAAUAAAGAGCCUUGAUGAGAAAUAUGAGAAAUGGUCAGGUUUGAGAUCCUUUUCACAUGAAUCAGCAAGUAAAGUUGAAGCUCCAGCAAAUGCUGUAAAUCUCAGGGUUCGUCAUAAACUUUUGGAGUUAGAUAUAAAUGAAGUACAACCAUCAGAUAUAUUAAAAUCAGUUCUAGCUCGACCGUCUGUAUUUGAUGAAGAUAGCAAACGAUUAGAAAACAUUGGUGAUAAAUAUGAACCAAAGGAAUUUUUACCUUCACGUGGUGGUCAAAAUAACACUCUGAGUAAUUCGGCUGUUACGCCAUCAAAAACGUCACCUAUGGUUUCUUUACAAAUUGCUUCUACAGGAGCAACCACAUGUAUUCGAAGUCCUCGUCCUAAAACCCCCCCUUCCACACCAAAGUCAGCUCCAGCUGUUACAUCAGUACCUGCCAAAGGCCUGCAGUAUCCAUUUCCAAGUCACCCGCCAAUUAUGAUGACUCCUCCAAUUUCUACAACAGCAUUAACCACUUGCAAUUCUGUUACCAAGCUAGCAAGUCCUGUAAAAAGUUCUGUGGCAAUGGAAAGGCAAUUUCCACAAUCAUCUAAAAUUUUGGCUAAGAGCUUAUCAGUUCCUGGUAGCACAAAUUCUGGAACAGUGUCUUUUAUGGAAACUAGUGCAAUGUUAAACGCUUCAGUGAAUAAGCCUGUUCCAUUAAAAGUUAAUACACAUAAAGUAGAUAAGUGUGGUGAUAAAAAUAAAGUUAAUAAAAGUGAUGUAAACAAUAAAAACAGAACUGUUAAGAAGUCAAAAUAUCGUGUACGAGAUAAUCAUAAUGAAAGUGAUAAUUUGGAUAGACGAAAGGAUAUUAUUUAUAAAGCUAGUGAACUUAUAAUUAACCCAGGUAUAGAUUUAGCAAAUAGUAAAAAAUGUGAUAAAUGUGAAUGUGAAGAAAGUGAUAAACAAAAUGAGGAACAAACGCAGAAAGAUAGAUUCGAAAAGAAAAAAAUAGAGAAGCAUAAAUUAGAAAAAGAAGGCAUCCAAAGGGAAUGUUUUGAGCAAGAGCGGUUAGAAAACGAUCAUCAUGGGAAUCAAUGGCGAGAAAAAGAGUGUGACGAGACAGAUCAUGCUGAAAAAGAUAAUAAGCGUUUAGAAAAAGAACGUUUGGAAAAGGAAAGCUUAGAGAAAGAACGCUUGAAAAAGGAAAGCUUAGAGAAAGAACGCUUGGAAAAGGAACACAUUGAAAAACAUCGUUUGGAACAUGAGCGUACCGAAAACGAACGUUUGGAAAAAGAAAACUUGGAGAAGGAACGUCUUGAAAGGAAACGUUUAGAUAAAGAGCGUCUUGUAAAGGAACGUUUGGAGAAAGAGCGUCUUGAAAAAGAACGUUUGGGGAAGGAGCGGAUUGAAAAGGAACGUUUGGAGAAGGAGCGUCUCGAAAAAGAACGUUUAGAGAAGGAGCGCCUUGAAAAGGAACGUUUGGAAAAGGAGCGCCUUGAAAAGGAACGUUUGGAAAAGGAGCGACUUGAAAAGGAACGUUUGGAAAAUGAGCGACUUGAAAAUGAACGUUUGGAAAAGGAGCGUCUCGAAAAGGAACGUUUGGAAAAGGAGCGCCUUGAAAAGGAACGUUUGGAGAAGGAGCGUCUCGAAAAGGAACGUUUGGAAAAGGAACGCCAUGAAAAGGAACGUUUAGAGAAGGAGCGCAUUGAAAAGGAACGUUUAGAGAAGGAGCGCAUUGAAAAGGAACGUUUGGAGAAGGAACGCAUUGAAAAAGAACGAUUGCAAAAAGACCGCCUUGAAAAGGAACGGUUGCAGAAAGAGCGCCUUGAAAAGGAACGUUUGGAGAAGGAGCGCCAUGAAAAGGAGCGUUUGGAGAAGGAGCGCCAUGAAAAGGAACGCCUUGAAAAGGAACGUCUGGAGAAAAAACGUCAUGAAAAAGAACGUUUGGAUAAAGAACGUCUUGAAGAAGAACGUUUAGAGAAAGAACGAUUGGAAAUGGAACAUCUUGAAAAGAAGCGCGUGGAGACGGAGCGCCUUGAAAAGGAACGUUUGCAAAAGGCGUUUCUUGAAAAGGAACGUUUGGAGAUAGAGCGCUCUGAAAAGGAACGUUUGGAGAAGGACCGUAUAGAUAAGAAACGUUUGGAGAAAGAACGUCUUGAAAAAGACCGUUUGGAUAAGGAACACCUUGAAAGGCAGCUUACGGAGAAAGAGUGUAUUAUGAAAGAAUGCUUGGAAAGAGAUUCACUGGGAAGAAAACGUUCAGAAAGAGACCUGCUCGAAGUCGAAAACAUUGAGAAAGAUCGCUUAGUAAAAGAGCAUAUUGAAAAACAACUUCUUGAGAAGGAACUAUUAGAGAAGAAAAGAUUAGAAAAAGAGCAUAUUAAGGAUCGCCUAGAAAUAAAACAAAUUGAAAAAAUUUGCGAAGGAAAUGAGACAUUACCUUUAGAAGAGGAACGAUUAAAUACAGAGCAAUUAGUAAAAGAACAUAAGUUAGAAGAUCUACCGGAAAAUGACAAGGAACGCAUGGAAAGACUAGCUAAAGAAAAAAUAGAAACCAAAAAGAAUGAAUGGCUACAAAAAGAAAUAGUAGAGAAAGAAUUGGAAUUAGAACUGGAACGGGGGCAAAUUGUUAAGGAACGCAUUGGAAAAGAAUGGUUUGAUAAACAAACUUCUGAAAAAGUGCGCAUUUGUAAAGAAUAUAAUGACAAAGUGCGUGUUAAAAUAGAACAUGACGAAGAACGAUUCAGAGAAGUUGACAUAGACAAAAAUGUAGAUAAAGGAAGUUUAGGUAAGAUUCACGAUAAAUUUACUACGGAAAACUCGAGACAAGGUAAAGUAAAAUUAAAUAAAGAGUCUUCGGAUAAACAACGCCUGAAUAAGGAUAAAAUAAAUAAAGGAAAGGAUCAGGAGGAUGAAAAGUUUAGGGCAGAUCAAAGUGAUAAAGAGAAGAAACUUGAAAAAGACCGAGCUUCCUGCAAAUUUUCUAACAUUAUAUCAACACGCGAUGAAAAUAUAUUUGAAAGCGAACGAUUGCAUGAAAAUGAAUCCGAAAUCUAUGGUAAAAAAGUAAAUUCUGAUAUGUCGGACAGCGAAUUGGUGGUAGACACAAAACAUAGAGAGAAAAUCAAUACCAAUUGCUACACUCCAGCCGGCAUAGGUUGCAAGCGCCGAAACAGUUUGCGUGAACAAAUAAAUGAAGAUAAUGUGAAAAGAUGUAAACUUACUAUGGACGAACAAGUGGAAAAUGCUGAGAUGCGCGUUUCCAAAGAUUCGCGACAGAAAGAACGAACAAAAAUCGUGGACAAACGCGAGAAGGACAAACGGAUGCGUUUAAAAACGGAAAAAGUCGAUCGGGAAGAAAAAUCAAAAAUUUCUUUGCCUAGUUUACCACCACCACCUCCGCCGGUGCAAAAGAAAAACAACAAUAAGGAAAGUACGUGCAUAAAUUCACAUCCUGCAUCACCUCCAAUUGCAGAAGAUUUUCUUGCCAGGCUAGAGCUGCGCUCUAGCGAAGAGGACGAGAAACAGCGAGCUCAACGUAAAGAACUCAAAGAGCAGAAACGACAACAACAGUUACAACAAAUUCAACAGCUUCAGUUACAACAAGAGGCUCUCCAACAGCAGCAACAGAUCAAACAAGAGGAAAGAUUUUUGUCAGAGACUUUGAAAAUGGAGGAUGGCCGCAAAAAAGAAAAAGAAAAACGAAUUUCAGUAGAACGCAAAGGAAAAGAUGAAACUGUAAAUCCUAAGUCAAGUGAAAAUUGCAGGAGAAAAGUGAGAAGGGUUACAAAUAAUAGUACUGAUACAUCGGAUUCCGAUGAACCAAAGAAGCAUUCCAUUUUUGAUAUAGUGGAUGACGGGCCGACAUACAUUUCCAUGUAUGAUAAAGUGAAAGCUCGAUCAUGCAAAAAUAUGCAAAAACAAGAAGAGGAAAAGCGCCAAGAAAAGAUUAAAGCCAAAUUUAGCCAACUUAAGCAAAGCAGAGCAAAACGUGAAGAGAAGAAACGUUCGAUGAGUUGGGAAGGCGAUUCGGAUUCGGAACAAGAUAGGUCGUCUAAUAAACAAAAUCGAGGUCGUUCAGGAAAGAGUAUGAUAACAAGUUCAUCGGAAGAUGAGCACAACACAGUGCGCAAAUCAGUCGAAACGCGUUCGGACAUGAGUUGCGAAUCGGCAGCUGAAAGAACUCUGUCUUCUCGUAGAGGCUCACGCAUUACUUCUGACACUUCCGAAGACGAGAAUGCACGAUUGAAUAUCAGUGCUAUUAAAACUGAAGUGCUAGAAAGUGAAGUUGAAGUUAAUGAUAAAAAUAUAGUAAUCACAUCAAAUAAAAUGGAAAAGCCUCCAUCUCCGAACAUGUUGCAAAAAUUGCAACGCAGGGAGCGCAAUACCAAAUCCCGCGAUUCUAAAGUUAUUUUUGUGAACUGUUCCGAAACAAAAGUAAAAAGUCCUGAUAUAAAUUUAUUACCGUUAAUUAAAACAGAAGUUAAAAAUGAGGACAUAAAGUUUGAGAUAAAAACUGACCCGUGCAAAUUAAAUGAAUAUAAUAAAUAUUCUGAUGCUGAUGCAGAAAACGAAGAUAUGGUCUCUUUGAAUAAGGCUGGUAUGAAUAAAGAUAAACAUGGACUUGAAAUUGAUGAAAAAAUAAAUCUUGACAUACGAAAAAAACACAGAAAAAAACAAAAAAGACAAAAGGGUAUGGAAUGUGAUAACCUUUUUGAAAAAUGCUUUGAUCACCAUGAGUCGAAUGGUAAUGUUGAAAAUAUAGAGAACGAUCAUAUUAAAUCUGGAAAUACUGAAUAUAGAAGACAUGUAAGUAAAAAGGACAAAAAACGGGAUAAAGUAAAGGAUGAUAGUGAUAAAGAGAAAACAAAAAUUAAGAAAGUGAAAAAAGUAGAAAAAUUAGAAAACAGCAUAUUUAAACAGGAUUGCUUGAGUAACAGUGUUCUCAAAAGAGAGGAAAAAAUACAGAAUAUAUUCGGUUCGUUUUCAGAUGAUGAAAGUGCGUUGGUGAAUAAAGAUAAUGAUAUGUCAAACGUUUACUCUACUUCUUACAAUAGUGAUUGUAAAGAUGAUAAAUUUACAAUAUCAAACGAAAACUCUAAAAAUUAUAUCAAUGAUAAACUGAUUUACAAUCAGAAACAUAGAGAGGAAUCCCGAAGACGAAAAGAGAAAAGAAAGAAGGAUCGUGAUCGUAAAUUUGCACGUGAUAAUGACAUCAGUGUAGACAAGAUAGAGAAAGAGGGCACAUUAGAAGAAAAGUUAACGAACGAUUUAGCAGAAGAUGAUAACGAUUCUCUGACUUAUUGUGGAAAUUCUCAGUCUAAUUUUUCAGAUAAAGGCGCAACAGAGGUAGACGUGUUUCGAUUUACUGAUGGAGAUGACAGUUUGGAAGGUGAUGGUGCUAAAUGUAACACCUCUGGAAGUAAUCUUUUGAACAAAAAAGAAUCAAAAGAGAAGAAGAAGAAAAAGAAACGCAAUAAAGAGGAUAAACAAAAUCGAAAAGAACAUCAUACUCAUCAAGAAAAAAAUAAAGAAAAGAAUUUGGAUAAUGUUAUUGAAAAUCAUUGUGACAGUUCUAGUGAUAUUCGUGAACAAGAAGAUGAAUGUUCUGAUUCUUAUGUGGAAAUGCAAAGAAUUACACCUAAUCCCCAAGAUUUGGAUCAUUAUCAACAACUUGUUGUAUCUCCUUCUAGUGAAUAUCUUAAAUCAGAUAAAAUAAGCAUGGAUGAAAGCAUAAAUGAUAAUGAAUGUCAAAUUGAACAUGAUUCUUGUAUAAAUAAAUCUGGUGAUGAACAAGAAACAACAGCAACAAUGAAUUACCCUGACAAAGAUUUUGAAGAUGAUAAGAAAACUGACGUGUUAGAUUGCAAAGAUGAUUUCAAAAGUAGCUCUGUAACAAUUUCUGAAGUAUCACUAUCAUCGCUCACUCCAGAAAUUGUUCAUAAAAGCGAAACACAACAAACCUCAUUGGAUUUACCAUAUGUAGAAUGUAACUCUAUGCAGAGCCAAAUUGAUACAAAUGCAUUACCAUCUAACGACGACCACUUAACACAUAUAAUUAAACCAAUAGAAAAUAAACGCAAAAUGGAUAAACUUAUACCAGGUUUUGGUGUUGAUAUAGAUGAUAAAAUUCACGAAAAUGCUGUUAAAAGUAUUUCAGAUUUCAUUCCUUCUAGAGAUAAAUUGGAUCUUGAUGAUAGUUUAAAUCAAACUGAAUCAAAUAAAUUGAUUAAGACUGAUAAAUUAGAGGAAAAACCAAGAGUUAUAAUUUCACAAGAGGAAACUGAAGAUGCUGUGGCUGCGCUAUUAGGGGAAAGUUUUGGUAGUAGUGGUUUUGAACAAUAUGAAGGUGAAACUAGCCCUAUUGGUGGCUCUACAAACAUAGCAGAAAAUAACAUUGCUGAUGAAGAAGCCGAGGAAAUGAGACAGGCAGUUCAAUCUUUAAAAUCUACAGAAAUUGACGGUAUGAAGCCUGAUACUCCCCAGUCAGAAAAUGAUUUACAAAUUGACACAGAUACAGAGGACAAUGCAGAGGAUUGCAUAAAUAAUGAUAAUGCAAACAAAAAUCAAGAAUCUAAUAGUUUAUGUCCUACAAUAAAUAAAUGCUAUAGUGAAUUAAUAAACAAAUCAAACAUGAUUGCACAUGAGGAGUUGCAAGCUGUUUCUUCAGUUAGUGAAGUUUAUCCUGUGCCAAGUGAAUCCAUUGUUAAUUCAAAUAUUACUAAAGAUACUGAUUGUAAAACUUCUACUAUUUCAAAGGAUUUAUUGUCUGCAACAACAGAGAUAUCAAAUUCUUGGGUAGUUAAUAAGGCUAAACAUAAUACAGAGUCUAAAGAAAUAACACAGAUGAAUGAUCAACCAGCAGCAAUAGAACAGUUGGUUGCUUUUUCUGGAAGUACUUCAGGAUGCAGACCUUCAAAUGUAGUAACGCAAAAUAGGCCUGUCCAGGCAUAUAUGGUAACUACAUCAAGGGUACCGGCACCUCAAUUUUCACAUAUCCCUGCAUAUACACUUCAACAAACAAAUGUGAAAAAUUCUUCAGAACAAAUCAAUAUUUAUAAAAAGCCUGUUGGGGUUAUGGUUUCAUCAAAUAUUUGUACAGAAGUAUGCCAUAUAUCACAUCAACCUAAUAAAGAUUUUAAUGCAAUGGACAUGAUUCCAAGGAUGCAAAAUCUUCCUACCUCAUCAAUGGUUAUAUCCACAACAACAGUUGUCAGACCCCAAGGAUUACAAAUACAUAAACAAUUGAACCAAACAAACUCUACACAAAUUCCAAUAAACAUGCAUAAUAGAAGUCAAUUAUGUUCUGCUUCUCAGACGCCAAUUUCUGCUUCGAAUUCAAUUAAUAGAUUACCAAUACCAUCUGUGGUUUCAGGUUCAUCUAAUAUUAUAUCAUCAUCAAUUACUGACAUAUCGAGCGUACCUAAACUUCAUAUACCUGCUAUGAUUAAAACACAUGUACAUAAAAGUAUUCAAGAAGCAAGUGGAUUUUCCUGUAAUGAAUUUAACCCAAGAAUUAUAUUUUCUAACCCUGAAAUACCUAUAUCUGUUUACACCCAAUCUCGAAGCACAAUAUGCAAUUCCAAAGAUAGUACACAAAAGGAUAGCACACAAAAGGCAGUUUCACAUAAUUUUAUCUCUACUAAUGAAAAUAAUAAAGAUCUGAAUAGUGAUCCAGUAAAUUUAACAGAAAUUUCUGCAGAAACGGUUAUUGGCAUGACACAAACACAAUAUGCUCAUUGCAAUUAUACUUCAGAAAAUAACAGAAAUGUCAAAAUGGCACAUUCCGAAGUACGGACACCAGAGAUUAUUACCAGUUCUAGAAUUAUACAUCAAACUUCAAGCGGCAUGUCAAUGCAAAUAUUAUCACACAUGCCAUUAAUCAACACUGCUUCAAAUAGUGUUAAAAUUGAAGAAAUUAAGAAUGUUUCUGCAGCUGAAACCGCUACUCAAAAUCCUGUAAUUGUUUCAUCAAUUAAACAACUGGAAAGUGUAAGUAGUGGUCCACAUGAACAAUUCACUACUAAUCCACUAUAUUUAUCUGAAGGUGAUGAUAAAGCAAUUACAUUUAAGCAGAAUGAUGAUGAUCCUUUAGAUACUUUGAAUGCUGAUAAAUCUAAUCAUGAAAAAGAUUAUAAUGAAUUAGAUGAAAAUAAAGAUGAAAAAAUUAAGGAUAUAAGUCAAGAUACAAAUGUUGAUACAACGCCAAAAGUUGAAAGUAUUAUUGAAAAACAGUCUUCAGAAAAUUCAGAAAUGUUGGAAGUUAAGAGUGAAGCAAUGGAACAAAAAUUAGAAAUAAUUGAUGUUAAGGAAGAUAGUGAUUGUUGGUCAGCAAAAGAAGUAAAUAUUGAAUCAGUCAUUAAAAAAGUUGAUGCUUUGUGUUCUGCAGAAGAAGUGCUUGAGAAUAAAUUUGUGGAAAAUAAGGACCAAAUAGAAAUCACCUCUAUAAAUUUUGAAAAUCAAAAUUCAAACUCGAUUCAUAAUGAUAAUGACAAUAGUGAUGAACUGAAUCAACCAAAUAAUGAUUUAAUCAAAAAAGAAAGUACUGCCGAUAUCGGUAAAUGCGAUGAUGAUAUUAUUAUGAAAGAAUGUGUUUCACGUGGUGUAGGAAGAAGGGGGAGAAUGCGCGGUAGAAAAAGUCAAAGUAGGGUGUUUGAUCGCCAAACCAGUCAAGUGAAACGAGGUAAAGGAAUAAGCAAAAGAGGUCGAGGUGGCCCUAAAAUUAAAAUCAAUGAUAGGAAAGUCUCUCAAGAUUUGUCUAAUGAUAUUUAUGAAUUUCGUGAUGAUUCUGGGGAAGAUAACAAGGAAGAUGAUAGUCGUCCACGCUUAAUUCUAACAAUUAAAGGACCAACAUCUUCAGCAGUAACUGGCACAAAUACAUCUGUGUCCUCAACAAAACCUACUUCACCGUCUCCUUUAAUAGAUGCAAAAGAAGACUUUUCUCAACCAUUAUACAAUACGAGAAAGUCGCGUCGGCUACAAGAACGCGACGGAUCCAGGAGCACUGUUGAUGAUGUGAUUGAAGAUGUAAUUAAAAAUGGUUCACUCAAAGGUGGUCAAAAUAUUCUUCGAAGGUCGACUCGGCAAAAUAUAAUAGGUAAAGCACCAGAUAAAGUAGGCCUGACAGAAGUUCGUAAGUCACCCCGUGCUAAAAGACUUAAAGAUAAAUCUGAAGCAUCAAUUGACAGUAGUGAUGAGAAAUGUAGUAAGUCCUUGGAUGCAGUUCCAGAUGACAAAAUAGUCAUUAGCGAAACAGCUGUUCUGGAUAACUCUGAUUCAAAAAAGGUUGUUUUGAAUGAUGGAGAAGAUAUAAAAGCAUCAGUUGCUUCCGUGAAAACUUCAGUGAUAGCAUCUAAAGAUACUACUUCUUCAACUACCUCGGAGGUUAAUACAGUUGUAGAACAAACUGUUAUAGAACCGGAAUCAUUAACACUAAUAGAUCCUGUGACAGGUGAACUAACUGUAGUAUGUCAGAGUAAAGAAGGUCAAUACAUUCCAGUUACUACAAGUUUAGAAUUUCCAGCAUCUUCUUAUUCAUCUGUUAUCACAACUUCCAGCACAACAACUGCGGCAAAUUUAAAAAUCAGUGAAUCAAUAGUAGUUGAUACAGCAAAAUCUAAUGCACCUCCUAUUACUAACUUAGAUACACCAGUUAUAAGAUCAAUGCCAUCAAUUGAAACUACAGUUACACCUAAGCCACACACAUUAAAAUCGCAUGUGCUAUCACAUAUUCCGAAACCAGUCAUUUUACAAACAUGUCCUGCUGUUAAUUCAAUACAAAUUAAGCCAAACACUAAUUCUGGAAUUAAUCCUCAAAAAUCAGCAGUUAUUAAUAUUCCCCAGGUAUCUCCACAAAUUUCUACUCAUCCUAACUGCAAUAUCAAUCUGGUUAGCAAAUGCAAUGAACAGAAUAUAGUAACACCAAGAUUCCAGCAAAACAUUGUUCCCAAAAUUCAAAAUAUUCACACGCAGGGCACAGUUGUAAAAAUGGCUAAUGCAAAAUCUGCGACAGUUUCGAUUUCGUCCACACAAUCUAAUCAAUAUACCAGCCAAAAGCCAAUAUGCUCCACAAGAGUGCAGACAAUUCAACAAAUUCAAAAUCAAAAAUCAAUACCAACUAUUCAAAAGAGUGUUCAAAUGAACUCAAAUAUCAUUACGCAAACUACAAAUAUGGCAAUAAAACAAAAUGUGCAACUAAUACAAGGGCAACAUGGUCAAGUGGUAACCACCAUACAACGGCAUAUAGUGACAGGAAAGUCUGGUAAUAUUCCUAUACCAGUUCAAGCAGGUUCUAUAGUUGCUCCAAAUAAAUCAGUUAUCUUAACGGCUGCUGUGGCAAGUCCUCCGUUAAAGCAACCUCUCAUUACUGGUCAACCAGUUGUGACUGGUGCAAGUGGAUCUAGAGCUACUGUGCCUCACGUAUCACCACAAGGACCACAUUCGGCAUCUCCUUCUCCGCGAGGUCAGGUUCUACAGGCUGCUCUACCGAUGCCUGUUUUUGAGGGAGCUAUGAGUGAGUCUGUCACCCAUUUUCCAAUGAUUCCUAUAAGGGGCGUAAAUUCAAGAGAUCUGAAUCCACAUAUAAAUGAAGUAUCGGGAUAUUCUAUGUAUCAACAGUAUUUGAGAGUUCAGGAAUUAGGAGUAACGCGACUGCCGUAUUUAUCACGAACUUCAAUUUUACCUGGCCUGGAUCAGAAUGUAGAAAGUCAUGAAAAUAUGAUUAGGAUACGAGACGAUCUUAUAGGCAGCCCUCCUUUAGAACUACGCCGGCAAGCUGCUAUUAAUCCUAAUAUUCCGUCCGCUAGACAAAUUACUGCUGUUCCACACAGUUUACAAUCUCCUCAUGAUCGCGCUACAGAUUCACCGCAAGUUGCUCAAGUGUACAUGCACAGUUCGCGAAUAGCCGUACCACAUUAUCCUAGUCAAGGCAAUGCGCGAUUUUAUGAGGGCACUUGUACACCAUCGCCCGCACAUCGUGCCCCUCUCGCAGUCAGCGUAUCGACGGCUAGCAUUCAGCAGCAGAUAGGUGCCGCAUCGGUGACGCCAGCCAAAAAGCAUUCGCCGACCGCGGCGCAUCAGACUUCUUUGGCAACAUCAAGUGCUGCUGUAGUUGUAGCGACUGUUGCUCCGCUCAUGACCACGCGCACGGCAGCCACUGUACAUCAACGUGCCGCUAUGGUGCCGUUGCAAAUAGAUUCAUUACUGAUGCGCUUGCAGCGAUAUCCAAUAAUGUGGCAAGGACUACUGGCACUCAAGAACGAUCAGGCUGCCGUACAAAUGCAUUAUAUGCAAGGAAAUUCGCAUAUUGCGCGACAAUCGCUCCCGUGCAACGUGGAUGGGAGCACGCCACCUCUGCGCAUCCUUCAACGGAUGCGACUGGAACAGGCUCAGAUAGAAGGAGUUGCUAGAAAGAUGCAGACGCCAAAUGAAUAUUGUGUUUUGCUUGCUCUGCCUUGCGGACACGAUCAACUAGAUGUUCUGCAACAAUCCAGAAAUCUUUCCAGUGGAUUCAUAACGUAUCUUCAAGAAAAAAAAGCGGCAGGGAUAGUGAACAUUGCUGCACCUGGAUCGAAUCAAGUGUCUUAUGUAGUUCACAUAUUUCCAUCUUGUGAGUUUUCAAAUGAAAAUCUUAAUCGCAUUGACUCAGAUUUAUUAAAUAGAAUAGCAGAUACCUCACAUUUGCUCAUUGUCAUUGCAACCGUUUAAGUUGUAGA